AUGCGUGGAGGUAUCCCUUCUUCCUGGAGCCGGGCAAUCGAGGGACUGGGCAUGUGGCUGGGCACCUUCGAAACGGCGGAGGAGGCUGCCGUCGUGUACGACAUCCGCAAGCGUCAGAUCAAGGGGGAGGCUACCAAGUGCAAUUUCCCGCCGCUCAAGAACAACGGGCUCGUAGUGGAGAGGGAGAUCUGCCCUCACGGCCAGAGCGCCCCCGAGCGUCUCAUCCUUCAGGUGCCUGCUGACUGGGCGGCGCAGAUUACGCCCAGCGUGCGCGGCCCUGGCGCUGCUGCCCCGGCUGUACAGGGGCUCAAGCAUGAGUCCAGCCUGGGACGGGAGGGGACGCUGGGCAUGAGCCCCUGCUCCGCCUUCAGAGCCCUGCGAGAUGUGGCCUCCUCCGAGCUUGGCAGCCCCACAGACCCGCAUGGGCCAGCCUUGGCACUGGACUGA